CCUCUCAGACAACUCAGUUGAAAAUGUCUGCGUCGGUCGCGGGUGGUGGAGGACCUGGUCCCGGUUCGGGAGCGGGUUCCGGGCCAUCUAACCCGCGAAAGUUUAGCGAAAAAAUUGCCCUGCAUACACAGCGACAAGCCGAGGAGACCGCCGCCUUCCAGGAGGUCAUGAUGGACAUCACAUCGACUCGGUUACAAGCACAGAAACUCCGUCUUACCCACGGCCAAGGACAUUAUUAUGGAGGAUCACUUCCAAACGUCAAUCAAAUCGGGAGCAGUUUGAGUGAAUUUCAGGUUGGUCCUAGAGGUACUUUCAGCUCAAGCCUGGAUGUGACGCGUGGAACACGACAUCGUGGACUAGUGGAGAGAGUUCAGAGGGAGCGCCGUUUAAUAUCACCUCUGCGACAUUACCGUCGACAAAUUGACAGUUCUCCAUAUAGCUCUGCCUACUUGUCUCCACCUGCUGAUGCCAGUUGGAGAAGGAAUUUUUGGCCGGGCAACAUUCCUACGGACAAAGGACAGUUAUUUCGACUACCUUCAGCUGCACUUAACAGAACAAACUCGGACUCUGCACUCCACACUAGUGUAAUGAACCCCAACUCUCAUGAUCCCUUCAAUCAAGGAAUAGGAUUUCAACAUCGAAGUGGUCUGGCUGAUGGAGACUGUGGCAGAAUGUUUCCUUAUCCAGUUCCACCCAUUGAAGAGAAUAUUCUGGAUGAUACAAAGCCACUUUUGAAAUCAUGGGAUGCAAAAAAUUUACCCAUGCUGUCCUCAAGACCAAAAUCCUGUGAAGUGCCGGGAAUCAAUAUUUUCCCCUCUCCAGACCAGCAGCCCAGCAGUCCCCAUAUCCCAUCUGCCUUAAACACAGGAGGUUCUUUACCAGACCUCACUAGCCUACAUUUCCCAUCACCUCUUCCAACUCCCCUGGAUGCGGAUGAGCCUUCUUUUCCUAACCUGAGUGGUGGAAACAGUACAGGAAACUUAGCAAGCACUUUGACCCACCUAGGUAUCGGCAUGAACAACACUUUUAGUUCACAAGCACUCUCCAUCCCUUUGCAGAGUAACUCUUCUCUUCAGUCAUCACUUAGCAACCCUAACCUGCAAGCCUCACUUGGGAACAAGCCUUUCCAGACCACCAGCUUACACUCGUCUCUGAGCAACCCCUCCUUGCUCUCAUCUCGAAGCAGCUCUUCUUCUCAGCUUUCUGCUCUUGGCAACCAGUCUCGGCAUUCAUCAAUGAGCAGUACCUCUUUGCGAACCUCCCUCAGCAACUCAUCCAUUGGUAGCCAUCCCCUACAGACAUCUACUAACAACUCCUCCGUAGACUCCACCGCAUCUACCUACACCUCCUUGAUGAUGACUGGCCCAGUACAGAGCCAAGCCUCCCUGCAACAGCAGUCGGCUGUACCUUCCUCACUCAGCACAUCACCACGGAGACGGGCGCAGCUGAGUCCUUUGGUCCUCCCCAUGGGAGGAGACUCAAGAAGGCAUCAUUCCAAACAGUUUUCACCCACCAUUUCUCCCACGUUGUCAUCAAUUACUCAGGGCGUUCCUUUGGACACCAGUAAACAGCCAAUGGAUCAGCGACUGCCUCCUUAUUCUUACAGUCAAGCACACAAGCCUUUAGCCGUCCAUCAGCAACAGCAAGGUGGACAACAAGGGCAUCCAACACCUCUUCAGCCAGUACAACCAGUUUUGCCAAAUCCACACACUAGUCAACCAGUUCAGCAGCCAUCACAGCUGCCUCAGUCUUUUCAGCAAUCUCAUAAGACAUUUCCUCAGGAGCAGCAACAGUUGGUCAAUGUACAGUUGGGACCACAAAAUCAGCAUUUAAAUGACCAUCAGCAGCAUUCACAAGAUCAUCAGCAACAUUUGCAACCAAUGUUUGAGAUUCUGCCUCCUAGCUCCCAGUUUAAUCAGUGUGUCACGGAUCUAAAUAUGUAUAAUGAUUCUUCACUUCUGGGUUCUCUGCUUGAUGAUCCAUACAUGAAUCUACAGGAGGGAGUGCCACAGGAACAGUCUUUAACUCAUCAGCUGGAACAGUUCAACAUGGUAGAAAGGCUGGCAUUUCGCAACAACCAUCACCAGCUGCAAAGGGAUCUUACAGACCUUGCCUUUUCUCAUCCUUCAGAAUGCAGCCAUGGUGAUCAGCAAGAUUCACCAUUUUUUACCAAACAGAAACAGAGCUGUUUAGAAGGCCGUUUGGGAAAUGUGUCCAACAUUAUCUACACAGGUGACUCUCCUCCUGGAUUAUCAAAGGAGAUCACAAGUGCCUUGGCAAGUGUACCUGGAUUUGAAGGGGUCACUUUCCCACUGGAUGAGGAUUUGGAGGGAUUCAACAUGCUGUCUGAUGCUGACCUUAUGCUUUCUGAUACUUCUGUCGAGGACUCACUCCGUUCUGACCGGCUCAAGUGAGAAUUACAGGAAAGUGGUGGUGGGAAGACUAAAGUCUACACUCAAUUCGAAGAAAUGGGUUCAAGAACCAUUAGUGAGAAUUGGCUAUGCUGCCAGAAGGUUUUGUAUUCUUAGAUUUGAGUGUCAUUUGUGGCCUUGUUUCCAUGUUUAGUACAUCCCCUCAAAGUAUUCUUUUAUAGCUCAUUUAAGAGUGUGCUCUAAAUGAUUACCCUCAAACCCUCCCACCACUUCUGUCUCUUAAUGCCUGCUAUGUAGGCAGAUAUCUAAAGAUCCUAGGGCUCAAAUACCACUGUUGUCAUUGAGUAGAUCAUACAUUGAGCAAAUAGUUACAGCCACAAGAAUGGGACCAGCAUAGUCAAACUGACCAAUGAAUAAGGAACUUGGCUUCAGUGUGCAAUGCUGUUGACAUGGAAAGACUUACCAGAUGGAUAUCUAAUAUGCAGUGCAGAGUGGCAGUUGGCCUAUUUUUCUGGGAAAGCUCAAUGUACUGCAUCUUGGAAUACAUGACCAGCUCACUGGAUUUGCAGUGUAACUGAAAAGAGGAGGAGUUUUAAUGAUUUUGAUUUAAAGAAAUGCAGACAACACAGUAAGGGCAGUGUUUUUUUGUGGUUGCUUCUUAUGGUAGAAUUUAAAGGAUUUGUAAGUUAAACUGAGCUAUGGAGAGAUUAGCAGCUCUUUGAAAGUAGCAGAGAGUAUUGAACACUGCAACAGAGAAGAGAAGAGUGCUAAUGUAGCUGCAGUGCAGUAGUAAAGAGUUCAAGAUGUAACCCACAUAGUAAAUGGUUCAACCAUUUAAUUUCUGUCAAGCCUCAAAUUCUGAAAGCACAAAAAGCAGGAGUGUUAAACUGGGUGCCUUUAGAUUUCACGAGUAGCUCAGGGAGUAGAACAGAAAGAGCUCCGUUGUCAAAUUUUAAUAAGGGUUCCCUUCAUUCCUGUUAAUAUGGUCAUGUCACCAUCUAUCCUAAAGGGCUUCCCAUGUUUACAUAUCCCAAUAUGGCUUGACAGCAGGGAAUAUGUCAGUUACUGUAAAUCCCACCCCCAACCCCCAGAUUGUGCCUCUGAAUUUACAGAACAAAGUGUCUUAUAGUUGCACUGUAUACAUUCCUCCACUUUACCACUAGAGGGCAAAAUUUAGCUGCAAAAGGUGAAGGCCUAUUCAAGUAGAUUGUCAUUGUGUUUUUAAUUUAUUUUUUAGUACAAUUGUGGCUGGCAUGAAAUUGUAUGUUUUUAAUACGUAAUUAAAUCUUCCUCUGAAGCUGUUGCUGUAGCAAUGUUUAAUAGCGGUCUAGCAUUGUUCCCUCUUGGAUGGGUUAUUCAAAAUGGGGAAAAAAAACGGGCAGUGUUUGAAGAAAUGCGCUGAGAUGGUAGUAUGUGAGGUUAAAAUACUGUACAAGCACAGGCAUGUCAAGAUUCAGAAGGGGAAAUCCCCCAAUGCAGCGCUUUCCAGCAACUUAGGUCACUAUGUUCAAGUAGAGAGCAAUGCUGCUAACACUUCCUCAGUUCUCUAAAGCCACAGUGACCCUUGCUCUAAAAGAUAAUGAAGACCAAAAAGUACUAGUUUGUCAUUAGUCCUCAUCUAAAUAAAGACAGUAAAACAGCCAAAAAGUAAAGUGGUAAAAAAGAAACAAAGAAGUUUAACAUUGAAUAAAAAGAUCAUGUCUUCACGACUUACUCAGUAUCUUUGAUUUAUUCUUAUGAAUUCUGUCAGCUUUCAUGAUUUUAGUGGCCUUCUAGAAAUAUAACUUAUUUUUCUCUAUAAAGAAAUGUAACAAGAGUGCCUGAAGUGCCAAUUUGGAUGUAUAGAUCAAACAUAGCAGAAUUAUUGCUAUAAUAACUCAGAACCAGCUCAGUGUCAUCUUAUUACAUAAUAAUCUUACAUGCUGCUUUGAUAGUCCAGCUUUCUGAUAUAUUGCUACAACAAGCAGUUGCAGGCAAGAUUCCAAUGUUUAGUGUGUGUCAUUAGCAGACAUUGAGCCAAUAAAUAACAAAAUUAGCCAUCUGUCUGUAAAUACUUCUGUCAUGCCAAGCAUAGGUUUCUGUUGUUUAAUGACUUGCAAUGUUUUUUUUUGUUUUUUUUUUUCCAUUGUCAUAUGGGGUUCAGUUUUAAAACCUUUUAAAUUUUUUGUACUUCUUUUAAAUGUGAUAUUUCUUCAUUUUGUAUAUAGCAAUUUGCUAACGGUUCAUUUUAAUGUAUUGUUAUAGAGCUAAUGGGAAAGAAACUUCACCUGUAAAUAGUUCAUAAUAGCCAUAUGCUCUUCUUUAAACCUAACAUAAGGUAUCUCAAGAUUUUUUUAAUGACAAAGUGUGUAUGUUCUCUCAUUUUUCAAAUGGAAACAAUGGAAAAUAGCACUGUUUAUUUUACAGAUAAAAAAUGAAAAAAGCACUUGUAACUUUGAAAGGCUUACUCAAUUACUUACUUAAUGUUUGUAGCUAACUGUCCGUGAAACCCAUCCCACUUUCCUUCUUUUAAACAUGCAUCAUCUUAAUGUUGUUUCUUUAUUGGUAAUAUCUAUUGUGCAGUUCACUUUGUGUAUUAAUUUGAUAUUAACAUUUAAUGGUUAUUGACACUGGAUUUUAUUUUAGCCAGGCUCCAUUUGGUUUAUUUGCUUUGAAAGUUGCAUCAGUUUGCUAAUUGUUCUUCUCACUGAAAGCACGCUAUAUAAUUGUGGAAGUGAGCAGAGCUUUGUAUUAUGAAUUUUAUUUACGUAAGUUCAGGUCCUGUACAGUAGAGCACUUUUUAUAAGACAUAAUACGUACAACUCUCUGUAGAUUUACUUAGUUGUGUGGUCUUACAAUAACCCGAUCAUUUACUUAUUAUGAGAAUGCUAUUGUCAAGUACUGAAUGGAACCAAAAGUGUAAUUCAUAUUUACAAAGAAAAUAAGGGCUUGUGUAUUCUAUUCAUCCAACCUUUUUUUUAACCUGUUAAUUCAGAGUAGUGUUGCAAGGAAGCAGAAUCUUUUCCAGCGUCAAAGCAGGAAACAGCCCUAUGUGGGAUACCAAUGUAUAGCAGUGUUUGUCCCCAAACAUAAGUCAUUUAGACAUUACAGCUGACCUGGCCUCUUAUCUUUGAAAUGUAAAAAGGAACCAGAUCACCUGACAGAAACCUGACCAUAAGUCACCACAGCUAGUUAUCAAAUGUGGAGCCAGAGCUCUAUGGAGCCCCAGUGCUACUGCUGUACCACUAACCAACCCUGCCUUAUCCAGUUCACACUUAACAAUUUUAAAUCAACUAAACAAGUGUAAGUUUUCCUCAUAUGCUUUUUAGGGUAGCCUUUUUCAUUUUGUUAAUACCGUACUUAUUAAACGGGGCAUUGUUAAGGUCCUUAAGUUCCAACUCCAUUGUUUUAAAUAACUUGGAUAAGUUAAAAUGAAGAGAAUUAUGUACAGUAUGUAGUUUUCCACCAAUGUUCCAAAAAUAGGACAAUAAUAAAGUUUUACCAAUAACACAUUUAGCUGAAAUGGCUUUCUUGGUUAAGGUUCAGAUUAUUAAUAAAAACCUUAUCCAGUCCUUUAAUAUGAUGCAGUUCAAAAUUAAAAAUGUGUACCUCUUUUAAAACUGUCUCCAUUCACUUGCAAAGAACUGACUUUGCCAUUUUUAUCCUAAAGCAUUCACAGGUUUAUUAGGGGAGAUACAACCUGCUAAUUUCCUGGUAUAUUUUAAUUGAAAAAAAGGAUUUGUAAAUUACUUAGACUACUAUGAAGGUUGUUUUCUAAAACAUUAUUACACUAGACUUGAUAUAGAGCUACAGUGGGAGUCUUUUUUCUUUUCCAAAGAUUUUGCCUAAAGUUUAACAGCCAUCAUUUAAUCCAGGUUUAGUAACGGCCUGAAUUACUUGGUUUAGAAAACACAAGAUUAAUUUAAUGCAGUGCCACUUUAAAAUUAGUGCCUUUUUAGCAUGUCAAACCCAGUUUUAGUAUUAAAUAGAGAAUAAUGGGAAAAUGAAGAGAAAAACAUUACUAGUACUUUAAUAUUUAAUGUAUCAUUAUAAGUGUUUUGUUAAGUUCACUAAUGAACUGUUAAAAAGUUUGUUUAUUUUACGUCAUAUUUCAGAUGAUCUGCACCAUAUUCAUGUAAAUCACUUUUUUUCUCCAAAUUAUAUAUUUUAAUUAAUAGUACGGUAAAUUUAAUAAAAUUAAAAAAUUUUGAAAUUGCACCGUCAGAUUCUAAAAUUCUUCCCAUAGUUUGUCAGAUAAACAUUACUCAUGCCCCCGCUUUUCAGUUUUAUAUUAAAACCUUUGAAUUUGUUCACUGCCAUCUUUUGGGUGCUAGCAAUAACAAGGAAGUUACCUGAAAUGAGUAAGUCAGUGCCGGGAUAUACAUGAGGAAUAUGUAACGUUUCAAGAUACACUUUCCUGGAUUUUCUUUAGAUGGUACUGCUAAUUGUUAGUGGCAUUUGAAUGCAGAUCUUUACUUUCACAGUACGUUUCCUAAGCUUUCUGACAAAAAUCAAAAUGCCAUCACCCAGGUUAAAUGUAUUAUUCAAUUAAUGUUAUUAUUAAGUAAAUGUUUUAAAGGCUAGACAAUCAUAAACACCUCUAGCGCCUUUUCACAAUCUUAGAAAUAGUUGUUUAAGACCUGUAAAUGUUUUCAUUCCAAUUCCAAAUUAACUUUUGUUAUGGAUUCUUUUGUACAGUAAAAUGGAAGUGCACAAAAAAUCCCAAAUUUCAUAUACAUUUUUUUUUAUCCUUGAGAAAUGUCUAUGGGGCGAUAGUAAUCAGUACGUUUUAGUUUCAGCCUGGUAUUCUUGUUCUUUAGCAUUUUUACAUGAGGCCUGAACUUUUUGUAAUUCAACUCAAUGGGUCCAAGUUAGCACACUGUACUUAGAACGUUAAAAUUUCCACACAUCAUUUUCAGACUCCUUUCAGUAAAGUAAACCCUGUGUUGUUUUUGUAACUGGUAGCAAAUAAGGAAAUAUUUUUAUUGAUGCUGUUAUAGUUUUAUGAUAUAAAGUGAACUCCAUUUCACAUAAUUUUUAAAGGUUGAUCUUUGUAAUAAUGUCAUGCUGCAGUGAAUUUCCACUGGAUUAUAUAGGAUUUUGGUGGAAUAUUAAGUCCAGUAAGUUGGACUACUGUAUGUGGUUGCAGGGCACAAUGUAUUGCUUCUUCUACAACAGCAUACUUAUGAAAAUAUUCUGAAUUCCUUAAAAUAAAGAUAUUAUAGGUGACUGUUGUAUGAAAAAGAGUGGUGUGCAUCAGUAAACAAGUUGUAAGCACAAUGAUAAGUAUAUUAAUCUUCUUCUUUCAGUUAGCCACCAACGAGUUGUGUUCAUUACACAUCCAUGCAUAGUAACCUAUUUGAUAAAUAUUGUAUCUUUCCAUAUAAGGGGGUCAUGUGAACUGAGAAAAUCUACACAACAUGUUACAAUUACAUAGCAGGACUGACCAUUCAUAAUACCUUGCAAGAUGUGCCAGAUGUUGUGGUGAUCUGCUAUUUUUGUUUGCUUGUUUUUUGUUUUUCAACUUUAUUUCUCAGAUUUAACAGAACAAAAACUACACCCUCUAGUUUAUUUUCCUGGUUGAUUUAAUGUUGUACAUUAACUGAAACAUUCUUCUAUGGACAAAGGACAGGCCAUACGCCCUGUGGAAAAGUCACAUGAAAAAUGGAGAGAAUACACAGCAAGUUGACAGCCCUGUUGGGAAUUAAAUUAGAGACCAAACUUUAAGAAAAAUAAA